UCUUCUCCCCCCGCCCCUCCCCCCCCGCCAUGGGGCCGAGUCUCCUGCUGCUCGUGCUGCUCCGGGCGUUCCGAGCCGUCGAGGGACAGGUUCCACCGUCGCCGCUGCUCGCGACCAACGGAAGCCUCCCGGACACCCCGCUCCUUCCGCACAACAGUACGUGGCUGAGGGGGCCGGAGCCCGCUCGCGGUUCCGUGGUCACACGGGCCUUUGCCGUGCUCAGCGGCAUCUGCAUACUAGCAGCUCUGUACUUCCUCAUCCGGGCCCUCAGAUUAAAGAAGCCUCAGAAGAAGAAAUACGGUCUGCUUUCCAACACGGAUGACACCAUGGAGUUAGCCUUUCCAUACAGUGAUGAAGACACGAUCUUUGAGACCAGGAAUCUGAGAUGAUGAUGAUCUGGAGUCCAUGGUUGGCCACUGUCCAGACCAACCGAGAUGGGGGGCCAUGGGGCCAGAGAGCCGAGGAUAGCCCGCGUUUAUUUUUCUAAUGGUUAAUGCACCGUACAAUGUUUAUAAUGGGGGGUGGGAGGGAGGUUGGAGGGGAAUGCUGAAAUGUGUGUAGGGGGGUGAGGGAGGGCGUACUUGGGCCCAGGAAUGCCUUGUUGCACUGCGAUUGGGGGUCGGUGCGGCUCUCUGAACGUUCCUAGUCGGGGUAUAAAGCCAGAGACUCUGCGGACCUGGGAGGUGGCUGGUGUCUCAGUUUCCCUGCAAUGUCUUCCUCCUGCUCCCCACUUCCUAUUCCUUUCAAACUGAAACAGCCCCUGGCUGACGAGACCACUCAGUGAUGCAGUUCCAUGGGGGAGAUGGGGACCGUUGUCUCUCCGGCCAUCGGGGGCCAGAAGGGGUGAAAUCAUUUUUCCCAAACAUUUGGGAGAAUGCAUCAGCAGUGAAAGACAUAAAUUAUUUACCAAUAAAACGAAUAAAUAAUUGACUUGUUCGUAUGUACAUUAGUGCUGAAGAUGAGUAUAAAUACUAUAAUGCUAAGGGUGGACUUCCUCUCCUAAACAAACCAGAUGAUCCCUGCCUGCCCCCCCCCCAGCCCUCUUCUCCCAAGAUGCAUUUGAUUUUGUUGGCAUUUUGGCUUUUCAGAUUGUUGGCUGAGUGCACAGGGACCAGAUGAUUGAAAUAAAUAGCAAAAUGAAAGUGGGAGA